UGACAUUACUUGAAGGAGGAUAUCAAGAGUAAAGAAAUGACACUUUAGCGAUAAAAGUCGGUUUCUAUGGUUUAUUUAUAACAGAAUAUAGCUUGGCAGUAGUAGAAAAGACGCUUUCCAGAAGUGCUAAGGGUCAUCACUGGAUUCUACAAGAAAAGAAUACGCUUCCUGGGUGCUCACUUAAUCCGAAAAAGAAUGGGAGUAAAGGCAAUCAUUACGACAAUUGCCGUUGUCAUGGCAAUACUGGAAAUCCAGAGUAAACCCAGCGUUCAAUUCAAUCGUCGCAACACCAACCAACCAGGGAAACGAGCUUCCGUCAAACACGUAUGUGAUAGCGCUCCACGAGACCAAGUCAUUCAAAAGGAUAAUCGCUACGUAAAAUGUCUUAAACCCUCCAAUCAAGAACUAAAGAAGGAGAUUAACGCUAUUGGCGGACUUAAUCGACAUUACUUCGCCAAUUCACUUGAUGAGGCGAGAAAAGACUUCAGUAACAUGUUCAAAGUUUAUGGUGAUCUUUUGAACAACACUGAACAAUGGCGAAGUUGGGUAAAUAACAAAUUCAUCUCCUCGCCUUAUGUGAGCACACCUACAACCACAACCACAAAAACAACCACAAGUACAAAUACUCUGAGCGUUAAGCGCGAUGAAAUGGAGAACGCAAAUAAGGAAGUGAAGGUCGACAAGAGAGACUCAGGAAAUAUUGCUAUACAAUGCCUUCCUGGUGGCCGUGACACAGAAAAUGGUGUUCAUCUAUGCCCAGCGUGCCAACGAUGUACCGAACUACCAGCGAACUACUACCCUCGGUUUGUCAACGAACUUACAUGCGACGAUUCGUUCAGUGGAAAUCAGAACGAAACACGAUGUGCCCUCGGCACCGGACCAGUUGGUAUUCCAAUCCCUAUUGGAACAUGUCAUCAAGUGUCGAUGUCAUUCGAUGUUCUUGUUCACCAACCUGGUCAGUACAAUAUUACCUUUCAAAAUGAAACCUACAUCGAGUAUAAAGAGAUUUUUACAGAAGCGCCUUGGGAGGUGCGAACAUUUUGCGAGUGCAUGGCAAAAAGUAUAUUCAAAAUCGAGUGAGUGUUGGAAAUUGUACAUUUUUUUCUCGGGUUAAAGUAUAUAUGAUGGGACUUUCAGUGAUAUUUAUCGGUUGCGUGUAACAUUUAAGCCACCAUAUUGCAUGAACGCAACAAAGCGGAAAACGAUAAUGUUCUGGAAGCAGUUGUACAAAGGAUGGAUAAAAUUAUCCACCGUAUAUUUUGUAUGGAUUCGUACAACUGUUUGCACCGGUUUAGUUUGUUCCUUAAGUAACGUACGCUAAAGGGUGGGAAAAAAUGGUGAAACAAUAUAUAUAUAUGCAAAAGGAAAGAAAACAUAAUAUCAUAGACCUUAGACUUAUUUUUGAAAUAGGAAUAAAUGAAAUUAAAACUUAUA